ACCAGCUGAGGAGUUUCCAGGUUUCAGAUUUCUUCUUGAAUUCUGAAAUAUUAGCAGAGAUGCGGAGGAAAGCUGCAUCUAGAAGAGUCCCACACGGGAAAUCAGCUCCGGUUCGCAUCCCGACCACAGAAAACUCAACUCCGCCGCUGAUUGAACCCGCACAAGCACCUGUCAGGCCUCCGGCAGGUAGAGGCCUCGGCAAGGCCGGAGCCAAGCGCCUGGGCCGGCUGCUCAAACGGGACAUCGGGGGUUCGGAGGAGGCGACCGGGAAGGAGAGAGUCGCUCUGCCCAAGACUCCGGUUCGUCUCCUGAAGCAUCGGAUCCAGUUGGAGGCUGAGGAUGUGGCUCAGACCUCCUCAGCAUCUCUUCACGUCUCCCAGCUGAUCAUCAGUGUGGUGUCUCAGCGCAAACACCGCGGGGGGAUCUCCAUGGUCGAGCUGAAGCAGGCGCUGGCCGGCGGCGGCUACGACGUAUUCAAGUACAGCAGGAGGGUGAACGUGGAGACCAAGAGGCUGGUGAACAACGAGACGCUCGUAAUGACGACGAGAAACACGACGUUCAGGCUGAACAACAAGACGCUGACAGACACAAAGCGAAUCAGAACGAGAGCGGUGAAACCACGAGCAGCGAAGGAGAAGCUGAUGCAGAGUCCAGCACUUCGCAGAUCCCCGAGAAAAGCCACAACCGCGCCGAAAAUAAAAGCAGAAACCAGGAGACCAGCAGCCGGGUCAAAGAAACCAGCAAGAAGAACCCGCAAACAACCAGCAAGACGAAGAAAGACCAUUAAAAGACGACAAUGACGACGUGGAAACCCCAGGAGACGAGCUGGUGGUGAACGGGAAUAAACCUUCAGAGCAAACUGAA